CUGAGAACUAAUUUUCUGGUUCCCAGCGGAGUUCAGAGCACUCGGGAUCGUAGGAUUGCUGCUCAUAUUCAUAUUAAUCCCAAUUUAAGUGGGGCGUAAACUAUCCAGGUAUAUAUGGAAGCACGCGGUUGGUUAUUUUCCGGUGUCUUUGUAUGUGGUGGACAUUAAAGCCUUUGAUCCUAAUGAGGCCUAUGGAAUUUCUUGCGAUACGAACGAAAAGGUUUUAAAGGAUGCAUUUCAGGAAUUUGGUGAUUUAAUCGAAGUUAAGGUAAUAUGUGACCGUGUGAGUGGGGAAUCAAGAGGAUAUGGAUUUGUGAAAUAUUCUUCCGCGGAGGCGGCAAACAAAGCCAUGAAGGAAAUGGAUGGCCACGUAUGCUUUGAGUACUCUGUACAAGUUUUCCUUUCAAAGGCUUAUGCAUUUUCUUCAGCUAUUUCAUUGGACUUUUUGUUCAUGGUGUUCCGUACUUUUGUAGCUUCUGGAUGGCAGGAAUAUCCGCAUUCGUUAUGCCCACAAAGGGAGUUAGCAAAGGGAUUAGGACAUUCUCAAGCUUUUGCUGGUACGGUUACUUUNUGCCUUCUCUUCUUGUUCUAUAUCUUGCUCGAAAUGAAAGGUGAACAAAUUUGUGAAGAAGCUGGAGAAAACGUUGCAAGUAUGAAUGACACUAUGAAAAGAGAGAAUUUCAACUAUUUUAUCUAUGCUUAUGGAGGAAGAAAGCAAGUACUUGUACUCAAGGAAACUUUGCAUGCGUCGUGUGUUUGUGGGAAUUCUAUAUCUAUAUCUAUACUUGAUAAAUUAUUGAUUAGUUAAGUUAAACCAUUUGAUAUUUUACAUGUGAUGGGUACUUUAUUUUGUCUAUUUAGGCUUUUUGCAUUUUAAUCUGUCUUUGCAUCUGAACAUGGGAGGAUAUUUGAAGGAGGUCAAUUUUCCAUAUAUUGCUAGCUGAUGCAAAUGUUGUGGAUUUUUCAACUGAAGAGGUGUAUUGCAUGGGCAUGUUGUUGAAUUUUGUAUGAAGUUAUUUGAAGCCACAA